AAAAUGCAGCGGAGACUGCCGAUCCCGCAAAGGCCUCAAUGAGGCCAUUGGCGUCCGAACCUGCAGCGACCAGUGCCCAGGUAAUUAUCUGAUACUUCUCUUUCUUCCAUUCACUCUCUUUUUCUCUUUUUCUUUCCAGUUUGACGCUUUAAGAGCUUUGAUGAAUCCGUUCUACUGAUUUGUUGCAAGACUAGUUAUAUCGUCUCUCCCAAGGUCCUUGUUGAAAGGAAUUCAUAGAUUUUAAGACAGGUAUCCUUCUGGACCAACAACAAAAAAGUAAAAUACCUGGGUUCUUCCAUUUGGCAUCGUUUUCACUUGUAACUUCUAAAGGUUAUAUCUCAAUCAUAUUCUCUCGCAAUGUUAUAGCCCAAAUACACAUGUGUGAUGGAAGCUUCUUCCCUUCCCUUCUCAACGGGAUGACUGCAGUAGUAGGUUGCUUUAAUGAGCGUGCCCAAAAUUUGUUAAAGCUCCAUCUCGCUUCUGGCUUCAGAAAGUCCUUUUUCUGGUUCAAAGGCAAAUUACGUGGAAAACAAACUGCCCUCGUUCAAGAAGGCAAAGACCUGGUUAUUUAUGCGCUAAUUAAUGCCAUUGCAAUCAGAAAGAUACUCAAGAAAUAUGAUAAGAUUCAUUAUUCAAAGCAAGGACAAUUAUUCAAGUCACGAGCACAGAGUAUGCACAUAGAAAUUCUUCAGAGUCCCUGGCUUUGUGAGCUCAUGGCCUUCCACAUCAAUUUAAGGGAAAGCAAGAACAAGUCAAUGAAGAAGCCACCUGCUUUCUUUCAUACAUGUUCCCUCACAUUUAAGGAUGAUAAACCAUCACUUACUUGUGAGCCAUUUGAUUCCAUCAAACUUGAUAUUGACUUGACGUGUUCUAUAUGCUUGGACACUGUAUUUGAUCCAGUUUGUCUUACUUGUGGCCACAUAUUCUGCUACAUGUGUGCUUGCUCAUCUGCAUCAGUAACUAUUGUUGACGGAGUUAAAGCAGCAAAUUCUAAUGCAAAAUGUCCACUGUGCCGAGUGGGAGGAGUCUAUCAAGGUGCUGUGCACUUGGAAGAAUUAAAUAUUCUGUUAGGCCGAAGCUGCAAGGGAUACUGGGAACAAAGGCUUCAGAUAGAGAGGGUUGAGAGAGUUAAGCAAAUAAAAGAGCAUUGGGAAUCGCAGUGCAGGGCAUUUGUGGGCGUCUAACCAUCGGCUUGUCCAUUCCGGAAUUCUAUGUUAAUCUCAGGCCGAUGCCUAUAAUCACGGUCAAUUUUUUUAUUUUAUUUUAUUUUAUUUUUAAAUAACAUUCAGAAUAAUGUAAUGUAUUGUAAGCUCAGAAAUGUUA